AUGAUAUCUGACGACGUCCAGGGCCCUGAGGCCAAGCCCGAUGAUGGCACCACUGAUUAUGUUCCCCUGCGGAAGAGUAAGAGUACCACCGCCAGAACAUCGCAUAUCACUGAGCAGCCCAUGACAUGGUCAAACUGGCAUAAGCACAUCAAUUGGUUGAACUGCUUCUUCAUUCUUUUUGUCCCUCUUCUGGGUUGUAUUGGGGCCUACUGGACCCCUCUACAUGCACGCACAGCCAUCUUUGCGCUUGUAUACUACUUUAAUGCAGGCCUGGGCAUUACUGCUGGUAACUUCUUCCUUCCCACGUUUUAUCCACCUCUCUCUAUGAUGAGAUCGCUGACUUUUGCAGGGUAUCACCGAUGCUGGGCGCAUUGCUCGUAUAAAGCCACCCUCCCUUUAAAGCUUUACUUGGCCGCCGUCGGCGUCGCUGCGGGCCAGGGCUCGAUCCGCUGGUGGGCGCGUGGCCACCGAGCUCACCAUCGCUACACAGAUACAGAAAAAGACCCAUAUUCAGUGCGGAAAGGAUUUUUGUACUCACAUAUCGGAUGGCUCGUUAUGAAGCAAAACUACAAGAGAGUCGGCCGUACAGACGUCACAGAUCUUGACGCGGAUCCUGUGGUGGUCUGGCAGCACAAGCACUAUAUCAAAUCAGCCCUCUUCAUGACCUUACUCCUUCCGACUCUGUUGUGCGGCCUGGGAUGGGGCGAUUGGCAGGGUGGGUUUGUAUAUGCUGGUAUUCUGCGCGUUUUCUUUAUCCAACAGGCCACCUUCUGUGUUAAUUCACUAGCUCAUUGGCUGGGUGAGCAGCCAUUCGACGACCGUAAUUCCCCGCGGGAUCAUGUCAUCACAGCCCUGGUGACCUUAGGUGAAGGGUAUCAUAACUUUCAUCAUGAGUUUCCUUCUGACUACCGCAAUGCAAUUCAAUGGUGGCAGUACGACCCGACUAAGUGGAUGAUUUGGAUCUGGAAACAGCUUGGGCUCGCCUAUGAUCUCAAACAAUUUCGUUACAACGAGAUUGAAAAGGGACGACUGCAGCAGCUGCAGAAGAAGGUGGACCAGAAACGCGCGACAUUAGACUGGGGCGUUCCCCUUGAACAACUUCCUGUGCUAGACUGGGAUGAGUUUGCUGCUAAGUCGAGGUCGACUAAUAAGGCCCUGGUGGCCAUUGGUGGCGUUAUCCAUGAUGUCUCCGACUUCAUCAAGGAGCAUCCAGGAGGCAAGGCAUUCAUCUCAUCAGCCAUCGGAAAGGACGCCACUGCUAUAUUCAAUGGAGGGGUCUAUCAGCACUCCAACGCCGCCCAUAAUCUGCUAUCAACGAUGCGCGUGGGGGUCCUCCGUGGUGGCUGUGAAGUGGAGAAGUGGAAGUAUGUCAUGUCGAAGGGUAAACGACCCCUGAGGAUAAACUCGGAGCAGCCGCCGAUUGACCACGCUGGAAACCCUAGGUGA